ACUAAUUACAACCUUUUAACUACAACUGCACGUUCAAGCUUUCUCUGCAAUUUGCCAUUUUAUUUCUCUCUACUUAAUCAGUCAUUCAUAUACAAUAAUUUUCUUACUAAAAGAAUGGCAAAUCAACCCUCUUCUUAUCCAAUUCUCUGUGCUUCUUUCAAUCAAGACAACAGUUGUUUUGCAAUUGGAACAAAGGAAGGAUUCAAAAUCUUUGAUUGUAAUACUGGAAGACUCCUUUACGAAAGAGCUGCUGGAGCAUUCAUUAUAGUAGAAAUGUUGUUUAGCUCAAGCCUCCUAGCAAUCGUUGGGGCUGGUGAACAGCCAUCUUUGUCGCCGCGAAGACUAUGUAUGUUUAAUACUACGACUGGAGUAGCUCUUGAGGAACUAAACUUUUUAACUUCUAUCCUUGCUGUUCGUAUGAAUAAGAAAAGAUUGAUUGUCAUAUUGCAGGAGAAGACAUUUAUUUAUGAUAUAAACAGUCUUAAGAUAUUGGACACUAUUGAUACGGUGCCGAAUCCAAAAGGACUUUGUGCAUUUUCACCCAGCUUGGAUGGUUCAUAUUUGGCUCUUCCAGCAAGUACAACCAAAGGAUCUUUGUUAGUCUAUAAUGUUUCCGACCUCCGUUUACACUGUGAGAUAGAUGCUCAUCGAGCGCCAUUGUCUGUCUUGACACUUUCAUCAGGUGGGACUCACAUUGCAACGGCGUCUGAACAAGGGACCAUGAUCAGAGUUCAUCUUGUUUCAGAUGCAACUAAGUCAUAUAGCUUCAGGAGAGGGACGUACACUUCAAAUAUCUUUUCUUUGUCGUUCGCGCCAGCAGCAGAACUUCCAGAUAUUCUUCUUGCAACUAGUUCUUCUGGUUCUGUUCAUGUUUUCUCUUUGAGUUCACCCCCAAAUCAAAGGUCUUCUGGUCUUCUAGCAUCAAUAAUACCAAUACCUCAUACUGUUAGCGACGCCUUGGAUCCUGCUCAACAUUGCAUACUGCAUCGCGCUGUUCCAGCUCGAGUGAGAAGUAAUACAGUGAUCCGCAAAAUAGAGAAAUUUGACGAGACAGCAACACCUGAACAUGUAGCACUAAGAGCCACUAUAUCUAUGAUCACGUAUGGCGGAUACUUCCUGCAGUACAUCUACAAUGUCAACCAUCAGAACAAGUCCUCGUGGACCUUGGAACGAGAAUUCAAUCUUAUAACAGCAGAAACAUCCUCAUUAUCAUGAAAGUAAAGACUGCAACACCAAUCUUGAGGUUCAUCGUAGCUUUAUGUUAAAGCCGAAACUGCAGCCUGUCCUGCUCGAGUUGCCACUCUAUCGGUCAAUGUACAUUAUAAGAAGAAAGGCUACAUAACUUGUCCAGUAGAACACAAUUGACAAUUUGUCCAAAAUGUAUUUCUACUGUGCAUAUAAUUUUAGUGUUACUUUAAUUCUGCUCUUGAUAGUGCAUCUGUGUAGCAAUUGUACAGCCAAAAAACUGAAGUUAUAUUUAUGGAAGUUCCUUUGUAUUA